AUGGCAAGUUUAAGAAGUAGAGGAGAAAUUGUCUUAGCAACUGCAUCAUCUGGUAUAGCUGCAACAUUGUUACCCGAUGGUAGGACUGCACACUCUCGAUUUAAGAUACCUAUUGAUAUUCAACCGAGUUCCAUUUGUGGUAUUCAAAAGCAAAAGGAUCUUGCAAAUCUCAUUAGAGUUGUUGCCGCAAUAAUUUGGGAUGAAGCACCAAUGACAAAUAAAAAAUGUUUGGAAGCCUUAGAUCGAUCAUUACAAGACAUUUGUAGCAACAAUGCUCCAUUUGGUGGAAAAGUUCUGAUCAUGGGGGGGGGGGAUUUUCGUCAAGUUCUUCCUGUUGUAAGAAAAGAGUUUGCAGAAUUUCUUAUUCGCAUUGGUGAUGGUGUUGAACCUACCAAACCAGAUGACAUGGUGAGGUUAUCUUUACAUAUUGCAAUCCCAUGGGAAGGUGAACAUUCCAUACAAGUACUUAUCCAACAUAUUUUUCCUAAUUUAGAAUUGCAUGGUUGGGAUGCCCCAUAUAUGGUACAAAGAGCUAUUUUGACACCAACAAAUGAUGAUGUCCAAAAAUUGAAUGAUAUGAUUAUCGAUCAGUUUCCAGGAGAAGAACAUAAUUGGUUAUCGUUUGACGAGGUUGAAGGAGAUAAUCAUAAUUUAUACCAGCAAGAAUUCUUAAACUCAAUUGCACAAGGUAGUUUGCCACCACAUAUUCUAAAGAUAAAAAAGGGUGCACCAUUGAUGGUGUUACAAAAUCUAGAUCCUAGAUAUGGAUUGUGUAAUGGGACCCGGUUAUUAUGUCGUGGUUUAUUUAUGAAUAUGUUGGAUGUGGAAAUCUUGACAGGAAGCAACGCGGGAAAACGUGUUUUUUUACCUAGAAUUAAAAAAAAAACAUCUGGAAGUGAUGGUCUUCCUUUUGUCCUUAGUAGAAAGCAGUUUCCUGUGCGACUAAGCUUUGCAAUUACAAUAAAUAAAUCACAAGGGCAAACCAUUCCAAAUGUUGGAAUAUAUCUUCCACGACAUGUUUUUAGUCAUGGGCAGUUAUAUGUGGCUUUAUCCAGGGGUGUUUCACAGACUACAACAAGAGUUUUAACCAGGGAAGGAAAAUUGAAAGGAGAAGAUACCAAACUAGAACACGAUGAAAUCUUUCAAUUAUGUAAAGAGUUGAGACGAAAGAAUGUUGAAACUUGCUUCAACAUGAAAAUAACAGACUUUGAAGAUAAAUGGAACACAUGGAAGGAUGAACAAAGUAUUUCAUCCAUCGACAAACUCGACAAUAAGGUGUAUUUAUCUUUUCCAAAUCCAGGUAAUUCAGAAACAAGUCAUAAUUGUUGUUCUACCAAAUCUAGACUAAAACAAAGUAUCUCCAUUCUUCAGUUUUUUAAAUCUCAAGAGCGCGUUGAUAAAGGGAUGUACGAAGAAUUAAUUUGA